AUGGCGACCCUCGCAUCGCGCCCCGAACCCUCGCAGACCCCACUCUCAACCGCUACAACCGCCGUCACCUCAUCCACACCCUCCACCACGACCAAGGCCUCCGCCUCCGACGACGCCUUCACCUUCCCCCCUAUUUACGCUUUCCCCCCCUUCUUCACCCUCCAGCCCAACCCCACCACCCUCUCCUCCCAGCUCCUCUCCUGGUCCACGCUCAUCCAAUCCUACUGCCGCGCCCACCGCCUCUUCACCCUGACCCUCGUCGACGCCCUCUCCUCUCCGCUCUUCGCGAACCCCACCACCGGACGCAAACUCACCAUCAAGGACGCGCGCACCGUCAUAAACUGGAUGGCGUCCCCCGAAGGCGGGCACCGCGCGGAGUGGAUCACCGCAAGCGGGAACGGGAGGGCCGCGAAGGGCGAGGAGACCGGGCGGUGCUGGGUAUACUGGAAGAGGCCGGAGGAGUGGGCGGCGAGCUUGGAAGAGUGGGUCGAGCGGACGGGGCAGCGGGGAACCGUGAUCACGCUGUAUGAGAUUGGGGAGAGCGAUGCGACGAAGCGGGAGGAGUUUCACGGGAUUGAUGGGGAGCUGUUGACAAAGAGUCUGCAGCUGUGCGUGAAGAGGGGGAAGGCGCAGAUCUUUGGGGCUGAGGGGAGCGAGGGUGUCAAGUUCUUCUGA